CAGUGACAAUCUUCCACCUCUACUUUGUAUUUGAAUUCAUAAAUACAUAUAUUAUAAUCAAUAAUUCAAUCCUUUUGACUUUCUUCGCCAAUUAUAAAUCAACAUGAUGAAAGCUUCAAUGAUCUCAGACAAUAUUCUAUUCUCAUUAGAGUUGAAUUUGGGAAGUUGGAAGUAUCGAUAAGACCAUCCAAAAUUGGCUCAAUAUAUUGAUCUAAGGCAGCAGAUUUCUCUCCACAACAAUGGAUAGAAGGUUGAUUGAGGCUGCUCAGAAGGGAGAUGUUCAUCAACUGCUUAGUCUGGUCAAAGAUGAUCCCUUCCUGCUUAAGGCUGUUGCAUUAUUAGGUGGAGAAACUCCAUUACAUAUUGCUUGCAUGGGAGGCAACCUUAAUUUUGUCAAUGAGCUCCUAAAUCUGAGGCCGGAAUUCACAAAAGAUUUGAGCAAUGAAGGUUUCAGUCCCUUGCAUAUUGCCGCAGCUAAUGGGGAUUUAGAUAUUGUAAAGGAGCUUUUGAAAAUAGAUUAUAAUUUGUGUUUGGUAAAGGGAAAAGAGAGAAGAAUUCCCCUCCAUUAUGCAGUGAUCAACGGCAGAACGCAUGUGAUUGGAGAACUGCUUUCAGCCUGUGAAGAUAGCAUAAGAGAAGUGACGGCUCGCCGUGAAACUUCUCUCCAUCUGGCUGUGAAAAACAACAAAUUUGAAGCCCUUAAGAGCCUGGCAGUGUACCUGAAGACCUAUGAUAAGGAGUAUAUACUGAAUGAGAAGGAUGCACAAGGGAACACCAUCUUGCAUCUUGCAGUCUCCAGAAAGCAAUACGAGGUCGUUGAGUUGUUGCUGGAUGAAAAUUUUGUUAACAAGGGAAAGUUGGAGCUGAAUUCCUUAAACAAAAGGGGUCUUACACCACUUGAUGUAUUGCUAUCAGAAGGGGGUGAUCGUGAAAUUGAACAAAUGCUUAGGCUAGCUGGGGCUUCAGGAGUUGAAAACAUGAACCUAGACCAACAGGCAAUGCAAACAGAAAACAGGACUACUGCCACUCAGGAUGCAUCAGCACAUGGAUUGAGGAGAGAGAGGCCUCCAAAGCCCUCUAAAAAAUUGAAGGACUACUUCAAAUAUGACAAAACUAAAGACUCUCCAAGCAAAGUCAGAAAUACAUUGCUUGUUGUGGCUGUAUUAAUUGCAACUGCAACGUAUCAAGCCGUGCUUAGUCCACCUGGCGGUGUUUGGCAGGACGACUUUUGGCCUACCAGUAACACGACCGCCAUCAAUGAUGCCACAAAUCCACCAGCACACACUGCUGGAAAGGCGGUGAUGGGCACGAAGAAUACAGUUUCAUUCGGUCUAUUCUUGCUUUUUAACUCAAUCGGGUUUUUUAUGUCUGUUCACAUGCUAUAUUUUCUCACUGUUAAUUUCCCUUUACAAUUGGAAUUGCAAGUCUCACUUUGUGCACUCAUUGCAACGUAUGACACGUGUAUGGGUGCCAUCGCACCGAAUGGUAUACUCUCUCUGUCCUUUGUUAUCCUUUCCGCAGUUAUGCCGUUCCUGAUGAUGAUUCUGACCAAGGUGGCCAGAGACUACCCCCUUAGGAGACGAAGAUGUACGGACCCAAGCACAAGUGCAACUGCUUAAAAAGGAUAUUAUUGUUCUGUGUCUCGUAGCAGUUGAAGCCUUUUUCUAAAAUCUCAAACUGAGGAUAAUGCUCAGCCAUGUUUACUCAUCUGAUUUUGUAUAUAUAUUAAAGUUAUAAUCUUGAUGUAAUGCAAGAUUGCAAAAGAUUAUUUA